CCCUUCAUUUCACCCUUUUCUUCUUCUUUUCCUGUAAAAAAUGGCGACACUUCAAGUAACAAACCCAAAGGAAUUAUUAUCAUUAACUUCUUCUUCUUCUUUGUUUUCUUCAAGACUACGUUUUUCUUCAAAAUAUCCAUUGAAGAAAAGCUUUUUGAGGACACGUCACCGUUUUGGAGGGAUAAGCUGUUCCUUCGCUCCUAUGGAAACCGCUAAGAUAAAGGUGGUUGGUGUUGGUGGAGGUGGCAACAAUGCUGUUAAUCGAAUGAUUGGUAGCGGUUUACAGGGUGUUGAUUUCUAUGCUAUAAACACGGAUUCUCAAGCACUACUACAGUCCGCUGCUGAGAACCCACUUCAAGUUGGAGAACUUUUGACUCGCGGACUAGGGACCGGUGGAAAUCCACUUUUGGGUGAACAAGCUGCAGAGGAAUCUAAAGAUGCCAUUGCAAAUGCUCUUAAGGGAUCAGAUCUCGUCUUUAUAACUGCUGGCAUGGGUGGAGGCACUGGGUCCGGUGCUGCUCCAGUUGUUGCCCAGAUAGCCAAAGAGGCUGGCUAUUUGACUGUUGGUGUGGUAACCUAUCCCUUCAGCUUUGAGGGGCGUAAACGAACCGUGCAGGCACUGGAGGCCAUCGAAAAGCUGCAAAAGAAUGUUGAUACUCUCAUAGUGAUUCCCAAUGACCGUCUGCUUGAUAUUGCUGAUGAGCAGACACCUCUUCAAGAUGCUUUUCUUCUUGCUGACGAUGUUCUGCGCCAAGGGGUUCAAGGAAUUUCAGAUAUAAUCACGAUACCUGGAUUGGUGAAUGUGGAUUUUGCAGAUGUUAAGGCAGUCAUGAAAGAUUCUGGAACUGCAAUGCUUGGGGUUGGAGUUUCCUCUAGCAAAAACCGUGCAGAAGAAGCGGCAGAACAAGCAACUUUGGCUCCGUUAAUUGGAUCAUCAAUUCAAUCAGCUACUGGUGUGGUAUAUAAUAUUACUGGAGGAAAAGAUAUAACCUUGCAGGAAGUGAAUAGAGUGUCACAGGUUGUGACAAGUUUAGCUGAUCCUUCGGCUAACAUUAUAUUUGGCGCUGUUGUUGAUGACCGUUACAAUGGGGAGAUACAUGUGACUAUUAUUGCUACGGGCUUCUCACAGUCGUUUCAGAAGACACUAUUAACUGACCCCAAGGCUGCAAAACUGAUUGACAAAGUUGCAGGAGGACAAGAAAGAAAGGGGAUGUCCUUACCGGUCAAACCAUCGUCACCUUCAUCGGUUCCAUCUGCAUCACCUCCUCGAAGGCUAUUAUUCUAAUUUCCUUGAUCUCUUCUUUCAUAUACCUGCAUUUUGCCAUAAGUUGUGUAAAGAUAUUCAAGCUUACGAGUAUUAUUAGUUGCUAUUUGUUUUAUCUGCUUGUGUUCCCCUUCAAUAAUUAAUGGGUUUGGAGUAGUCCAAAAUAGAUGUGUCCAUGCUUGAAUCCCAAACUAAUAUGAAGAUAUGAACCUGAAAUGCUUCUAGGUAUGAGGAGGUGAAUGUUAUCACA